AUGCUAAAAAUUCUUAUUCCUACACUUAUGCUAAUUCCAACCGCCUGGGGGACCCCAGCUAAAUGAUUAUGACCUACAACCCUUGCCCACAGUCUAGUUAUUGCCCUUAUUAGUUUAACAUGGUUAAAAAAUAUGUCAGAGAUCGGCUGGUCGAGCCUGGGGCUUUAUAUAGCAACAGAUCCCCUCUCAACACCCCUUCUAGUUCUAACCUGUUGGUUACUCCCCCUAAUAAUCUUAGCAAGCCAAAAUCAUACAGCACUAGAACCCCUAAGCCGCCAACGAAUAUACAUCACAUUACUAACGUCCCUUCAAUUUUUUCUUAUCCUGGCUUUUAGUGCUACAGAAGUAAUUAUAUUUUAUGUUAUAUUUGAAGCCACCCUCAUCCCCACCCUAAUUAUUAUCACCCGCUGAGGAAACCAAACAGAGCGACUCAAUGCAGGAGUCUACUUCCUAUUUUAUACACUAGCAGGGUCCCUUCCACUACUUGUUGCCCUCCUCCUCCUGCAAAACAGCACUGGUACCCUCUCCCUGCUUACCCUACAAUUUUCAGACCCCCUUCAACUUACCUCCUACGCAGAUAAACUAUGAUGAGCAGGCUGUCUUCUAGCCUUUUUAGUAAAAAUACCCCUCUACGGAGUCCACCUCUGACUACCUAAAGCCCACGUAGAGGCUCCUGUUGCAGGCUCAAUAAUCCUAGCAGCUGUCCUACUAAAACUAGGAGGAUAUGGUAUAAUACGCAUAGUCAUCAUACUUGACCCCCUUACCAAGGACCUGAGUUUCCCGUUUAUUAUCUUUGCUCUCUGAGGCGUAAUUAUAACCGGGUCAAUCUGCUUACGUCAAACAGACCUAAAAUCGCUUAUCGCUUACUCCUCCGUAAGUCAUAUAGGCCUCGUUGUAGGAGGAAUUCUAAUUCAAACGCCCUGAGGCUUUUCUGGGGCCCUUAUUCUCAUAAUUGCCCACGGCCUAACAUCCUCGGCUCUCUUCUGCCUAGCAAAUACAAACUACGAACGAACUCACAGUCGAACAAUACUUCUGGCCCGCGGCCUUCAAAUAGUACUACCCCUAAUAACAGCCUGAUGAUUCCUUGCCAGCCUUGCUAAUUUAGCCCUUCCCCCACUUCCUAACCUUAUAGGAGAACUAAUAAUCAUUACCUCGCUGUUUAACUGAUCCUGAUGGACUCUGGCAUUAACCGGGGCUGGAACCCUAAUUACCGCGAGCUACUCUCUUUACAUGUUUCUUAUAACCCAGCGGGGCCCCAUUCCAGCACACAUAAUUGCAUUAGAACCCACCCACUCUCGAGAGCACUUACUGAUAGCCCUCCACCUCCUCCCCUUACUCCUCCUAAUACUUAAACCCGAGCUAAUCUGAGGGUGGACAUACU